AGGCUAGAGAGGUGUGUGGGCAUCGUGACUUCACUCACCAACGGGCUCUCAGAGAGGGAGGCCAACGAUGCUCUCAAUGCUCACAUAUGCAAAGGAACCCCCCAGCACGAGGAGAUCUGCCUGGGGCUCUUCACUCUGGUCCUCACUGAACCUGCUCAGGCACAGAAGUGCUACCGGGACUUGGCCCUGGUGAGCCGAGAUGGGAUGAACAUUGUCCUCAACAAGAUCAAUCACAUCCUCAUGGAGAAGUACUUGAAGCUGCAGGAUACCUGUCGCACCCAGCUCGUGUGGCUGCUGCGGGAGCUGGUGAAGAGCGGGGUGCUGGGCGCAGAUGGGGUCUGCAUGACCUUCAUGAAGCAGAUUGCAGGUGGGGAUGUGACAGCAAAGAACAUCUGGCUGGCUGAGAACGUGCUGGAGAUCCUCACUGAGCAGAGAGAGUGGGUGCUGAAGAGCAGCCUGCUGGUCGCCAUGGCCGUGUACACCUACCUGCGGCUCAUCGUGGACCACCACGGCACGGCCCAGCUCCAGGGGCUGCGCCAGAAGGAGGUGGACUUCUGCAUCUCCCUGCUCCGUGAACGGUUCAUGGAUUGCUUCAUGAUCGGCCGGGACCUGGUGCGGCUGCUGCAGAACGUGGCGAGGAUCCCCGAGUUCGAGCUGCUCUGGAAGGACAUCAUCCACAACCCCCAGGUCCUCAGCGCCCAGUUCACAGGUGUCCUCCAGCUCCUCCAGUCGAGGACAUCCCGCAAGUUCCUGGCCUGUCGCCUCACUCCCGACAUGGAAACCAAACUGCUCUUCAUGACCUCGCGGGUGCGGUUUGGGCAGCAGAAGCGGUACCAGGACUGGUUUCAGAGGCAGUAUCUGUCCACCCCGGACAGCCAGUCCCUGCGCUGCGCCCUCAUCCGCUACAUCUGUGGCGUGGUGCAUCCCUCCAACGAGGUGCUCAGCUCCGACAUCCUCCCGCGCUGGGCCAUCAUCGGCUGGCUGCUCACCACCUGCACGUCCAACGUUGCUGCUUCCAAUGCCAAACUGGCCUUAUUCUAUGACUGGCUCUUCUUCAACCCCGAGAAGGACAGCAUCAUGAAUAUAGAGCCUGCCAUCCUGGUGAUGCACCACUCCAUGAAGCCUCAUCCUGCCAUCACUGCCACGCUGCUGGAUUUCAUGUGCCGGAUCAUUCCCAACUUCUACCCCCCUCUGGAGGCUCACGUCCGGCAAGGAGUGUUCAACUCCCUGACCCACAUCGUGGAGAAGCGAGUCCUUGCACAUCUGGCCCCUCUCUUUGACAAUCCCAAGCUGGACAAGGAACUCCGUGCCAUGCUGCGGGAGAAGUUCCCGGAGUUCUGCAGUUCCCCCUCACCCCCCAUUGAAGUCAAAAUUGAGGAGCCCGUUUCCAUGGAGAUGGAGAACCACAUGUCAGAGAAGGAUGACAGUUGCUAUGACAACGCUGAGGCCGCCUUCAGUGAUGAUGAGGAGGAUCUGAACAACAAAGGAAAGAAGAGGGAAUUCAGGUUCCACCCGAUCAAAGAAGCCAUCGUGGAGGAGCCUGUGGACAUCACACCAUUCCUGGACCAGCUGGAUGAGUCCCUGAAGGACAAGGUCCUGCAGCUGCAGAAGGGGAGCGAUACGGAAGCUCAAUGUGAGGUCAUGCAGGAAAUCGUGGAUCAAGUCCUGGAGGAGGACUUUGACUCGGAGCAGUUAUCGGUGCUCGCAUCCUGCCUCCAGGAGCUGUUCAAGGCUCACUUCCGUGGUGAGGUUUUGCCAGAGGAAAUCACGGAGGAGUCUCUGGAGGAGUCGGUGGGGAAGCCUCUCUACCUAAUAUUUAGGAACCUCUGCCAGAUGCAGGAGGAUAACAGCGGUUUCUCCCUGCUGCUGGAUCUCCUGUCAGAGCUCUACCAGAAGCAGCCCAAGAUCGGGUACCACCUCCUGUACUAUUUAAAAGCCAGGUAGGCCAGUGGGGAGUGCAGGAAGCAGCCGAGCUUCCACUUGGCUCCUGCUGCCUCCAGGAGACAGCUCAGUGUCAUCCAGCACCCAAUGCAGCACAGGGCUGCAG